CCCCUGAAAAAAAGAAAAUCAUACCCUACUUGGCGGAAUACACCAGUCAUGGUAAAAUAUAGAAAUGCCUUAAGAAAAAAGCUUUUGCAUUAAAAAUAUUACAGCAAAAUGGAGAGUACUUUUAAUUUUCUUAAAAUAUCAAUUAAUGGAUUCUCUUGGUAUGAGCAUAUAGCUGACCAAGAAGACCAAACAACUGCUGAUAAAAAAAGGAAACAACAACAAAAGUUACCAUCAACUCUCAACAAAUGGACUUAUUUUUAAUGGACACUCUCGUAACCGGACACUUCCACUUACAGACACUUUCUUCAAUUCCUGUUUGUGUUCAUAUAUGAUGGAGUUGACUGUAUAAACCCAGAGUUUAUUUUUUUAAAUGCACAUAUAUGCACCUGACACUUGAUUCCUAUCCUACUUUUGGCAGAAUACGGGACUUGAGAAAAAAAUCGAAAAAACAAAAUAAACAACUAAGAGGAGGGAAAAUUUAAAAAGUGAUCGAGGAAUCAAGUUGCCAACCGACCCAAGAAAUCCGAGAAGUCCACUCCACUGGUAUAAUUUUCUGAAGCUUGGUUACCCUCACAAGCGCGGUUACCAAGUUUGAUGUUGAAGUUUAUGAUGAGUUCUGAUCGUUCGAUCGUUCGCAGAAACAAAAGAUUAUCGUCUGGUCAAGGAUUUACAUUAGUUGAGACCUAGCUUGUCGUGGCGGUGGAAAGAUCCCAUGAACCUGUCAUUUGCAGGCUGUGGUUUUCUUGGGGUUUACCACCUUGGAGUUGCAACUUGCCUAACAUCGCAUGCUCCACAGUUUUUAAAGAAUGUAACAGCCUUUGCAGGUGCUUCAGCAGGGUCACUUGUUGCUGCAGUGCUAGCAACAUCAGCUCCACUGGACAAGUGUUCAGAUUAUGUCAUAGAACUUACUCAUGACGCUCGUAGACACCCUCUGGGGCCUUUUAAUCCCCAGUUUGACUUGGUUGGGAGUUUAAGAAAAGGACUUGAACUUUAUCUUCCUUCAAAUUCCCACCGAAUUGCUUCAGGAAGGCUUUUUAUUUCUGUGACCAGUCUAAAGGACAGAAAGAAUGCAAUUCUGUCUGAGUUUGAUUCCAAAGAAGACUUAAUUCAGGUUUUGCUGGCAAGUUGUUAUAUUCCCUUCUAUGCUGGACUGAGCUUUCCCAGAUUCAGAGGUCAGAAAUGGGUAGACGGUGGACUUAGUGAUAAUUUACCAAGGCUUCCGUUCGGCCGAACUAUACGUGUAUCUCCAUUCAGUGGUAAUGGUAAUGAUAUAUGCCCACAAGACGAGUCUCGUGGUUUUACUGACGUCACUUUCCAUAAUAUGAAUGUCUACGUAAAUAGAGAGAAUCUUCAGAGAGAGUUGCAGAUAUUUAUUCCUCCCAAGAAAGAUGGGAUUGAGAGUUUAGUGCAGUUAGGUUUUAAUGACACUCUGAGAUUUCUGCGAAAGGAGAACUUGUGCAAUUAUUCAGUGAAACCUCUUUCUCCAACUCUUCCCAUGAAACAUUUUCAUGAAUAGUGCCGUGUUCUAGUUGAAAUAACUGACUGUCACCUUUGUUGUCAUUUUAUUGUCGUAUCCCUCCAAAUCGAAAUUCAAUUGAUGUAUAGUUUUUACUUAAGACAGUACUUUUCAAUUGAGAUCAGGUUGGUGGUACUCUGGCCUGAGUUUUGAAAAUCUAUUCUUAUCUGGGAUAUUGCCCACAUGCCUCAACGAAGAUGUUUUGAUAAUAAUUGUUAUUAUAUUACUAUCGAUAAUGAUAUUGGCUCAAUCCUUUUAUCAUUCCCAAGUCCCUUUUAAUUCUUGCCGGAUUAGUCGAUGUGUGGUUAUGGAGAUCAGGAAGUGUCGCUGUACAGUGCGGGAAGAAUGCAUACAAAAAUUUUAUGCUGGUGUUUUUAGCCUGUUUUAGAGGGUUGUUGGUUUGACUUUUUUUAUUUACACGCACCAUAUACCACUGGUGUCAGGGAAAUUAAGCCUUGAUUAGAGUGUUUUAUGGUUGGAGUUAGGCGGCCGUGGAUGAGCAGUAUGUUAUGACUCAGACAAUAACCCAAGAACAGUGUGUUACACAAUGCAGUAUAUAAAUGAAAGGUUAUUUAUUUUAUUACUUGUUUAAUAUUCUAAUCUAUUGGUUUACGGUUAGAAGUUUUGAUAAAUUUGAAGUGAGAACUAAAUCUGUUAUUUUAGUGUUCAUUCAUCUUUUUUAUGUCGUGGCAAUGGGUUGCCGUUUACUUUAUUGUUAUGUUAUGUUAAACAACACUCUUUGUGUUGUUGAUAUCUUAAAGUUAUACAGCAUUAUUUUAGUCAUCACUGCAACUUGCGUGUCGCUUCUUGUUCUCGUCUUCCUUGUGAAUUUCGUUUGUUAACUCCUUUAGUGCCAAGGUCCGCCAUAGUACAUGUAUAAAUGGAAUUAACUUGACCAGAAAGAUUCUGUAUUUACAUGAAGAAUAAAAUGUUAUAGGUUUUAGAUUUUCA